CAGACAUGCCGCGGCCAACUCGGCUUCUUCUCCUGAGUCUGUCCGCCGCCACCGCGGCUCCGCUUCCCGAGCCUCAGGAGCCUCGCGUCUGGACCGUCUUUUGCGCCGAAUGCACAAACAACUUUGACUACAAGUCGAUCGGCGUGUAUUGGUCGCAUCGGCUCUCGGGCAUGCCUGGCGGCGUGACGCGUCUGCUGGCGUGCGAUGAGGAGCAGCUCAAGAGGUACAAGGGCCUCAACCUCGGCAACACCUUUGUCCACCGCAACUACGGCCGCAUCCAGCACAAGCGGCGCGUGCCCGAGGGGGAGACGCACCCGCCGACCGGCUCACGCGCGCAGGACUCGUCGCCCUCGUACAACAAGCCGGGCUCCAUCAUGGAGUGGGUGAUGCACUCGGAGGAGGCGAAGAGCACCGACUACGUCCUCUACAUCGACGCCGACAUGCUGCUGCGCAAGCCCCUCGACCCCAUCGCGAUGGGCGUCAAGAAGGGAGUCGUGGUCUCGGAGCAUGUCGGCUACCUCGACACGGGCAUCAGGAACGGGCUGCCGGCGCAGUUCCUGCCGUCCGUCGAGGCGGUGCAGUACGCGGGCGCCGACGUCAACAACUACAACCCGCCCGGCCCCGACGGCAAGCGGCACGCGGCCGGCGGCUGGUACAUGUUCUUCCACAUUGACGACAUUCGCACGAUUGCGCCGCGCUGGCUGCACUACGAGAUCGAGGUGCGCACCAACCCGCAAAAGUACUGGAGCAUCAAGGACGAGCACUCGGGCCAGCUGUCGGUGCCGGCCGACAUACUGACCGGUGACGCAUACGUUGGCCACGGCUCGGCGCCUUGGAUCUCGGAGAUGUACGGGUACGUCUUUGCGGCGGCGGAGGCGAAGCUGCGCCACAUCCUCACCGAAGGCGUCGUCGUCUACCCCGACGAGGUGGGCGCCGCGCGCCCAAAGGAAUCGUACAUCAUCCACUACGGGCUACACUGCGCGGUGGGCAGCUUCAAGUUCACAAAGUACUCCUUUGGCGGCUUCGACGCAAACGCGUGCUCCGGCAAGACCUUCGGCGACCCGCCCGCGCCGCGGCACAUCGAGCGCUUGUGCGCCGAGACGGUUCUCGAGCUCAACGACGCAAUGUGCGACUACUACAACCGGCCGGUGGGCGAGGGCGGGUGCGGCCGCGCCGGCAGCGAGGGCCUUCCCACCGACGCCGUCACCUGCCCGGCUUGGAAGACGGCCGGCCAGCAGUCUUGCGCCGACCAGAACCAGAUGUGCCUCAAGUGGGCGGCGAGUGGCGAGUGCAAGUCCAACCCGGGCUUCAUGGAGGGCACCUGCCCUGUCUCGUGCGACGUGUGCCCGCCCGCCGCCACCAACGCCAUCCCCGCGUGGGUGCGCGGGCUCGCGCUCGCUAACGGCACCGCGCCGGCGCCGCUGCGGCCGAUGGGCGAGAUCAAGCUCUUCUACUCCGACGCAAACCAGGCGGCCGCCGCUCACGAGGCGCACUACAAGGAGCACCCUCACGCCAGGGCCGCAGACGAGCACGCCGCCGCCGCCGCCGAGAAGCGGCUCAGCCACAUCGCCGCAGCAAAGCUGGCGCCGCCGGCGGCGGAGCUGCCCGCGGCCGCCGCCGCGGCCGCCGCCGCGGCCGCCGCCACGCCGCCCCCGACGCCGCUCUCGGCCGCCGCUGGCACGCCAACGACGACGACGCCUCACCCGAUGGCGGCGGACAUUGUGACGGCGGGGGUGGUCAACGCGUCCAACGUCGACGACGCUCUCGCCGAGGCGACACGGCUGCGCGCCCUCGCCGCCAAGCUCGAGGAGGAGCACCUCGUGGCGCACCCAGAGCUGCGGCGUGGCGUGCGGCCAGCGACGGCCCCAAAGCUGAGCGGCAGCGAGCUCGAGCAGCUCGAGCGGAAGCGGGAGGGGAAGCGGGAGGCGAAGCGGGAGGGGAAGCGGAAGGUGGCGAGCCCCGCGGCGGCCCCCUUCACUGGAGCCGAGCAGUCGUCGACGGCGGCGGCGGCGCCAGACGGGCGGAUCGAGACGCCGCGGGAGCCGGAGCCGGACCCGCUGUCGAUGCUGCGCGGCGUCUUUGGGGCGGGGUGGGGGAUGAUGCUCGGGCUGUGCGCGUGCGUCCUGUACAGGCGCCUCUGCCGCUCGAGCAAACGAAGGCCGGCGUGGGCCGGCAAGUCGUCGCACUCGCGGGUGUGACGCAGCCGGCGGGCGUCGUGAGAGGAGGAGGAGCGCUCCGCCGUUGUGAGGAGGAUGUGAGGAUGGGGCUGAUGGACGUGUGCGAGCUCCGUGUGAGAGAUUGCUGGGUGGGGGCGCCGGUCCGACGUGUGCGUGGCAUGCGCCGACGCGCGACGAGUAGUCACCGCGCGUGGGGGGACGUGUGUCGUGUGAUCGGUAGGCGCGGUCCGCGGUUCUGGUUGGAAGAGAGUGACACCCCGAGCUUCAGGUAUCAGGAGAUGCGGUGCCAACCGUCGGUGC